CGCCAAAAUUAAUGUGGGAAAAUGCAGUCGGUCUUAUCCCCCUUUUUUAAAUUUUAUUUUUUUUUAAUGCAAUGUCUCAAAAAUUUAAAGAUUUGAACUGUUGUAUUGCUAAAACAAUGGUGAAAUAGUUAUUAAAUCUAGAUUUGCUUGAAGAUAAAUUAAAGAUAAACAAAAUCAAAUGUAAACUCAUACAGAUCUUGAUACUCUCUUCUCCUUUCUUUAAUUCAUGUGUAACUUGAUUUGUUUAUUUUGUACCAAAUAUAUUCAAAAAAGGGAUACCAUGCAUUAGAAAAGGUAUGUAAUUUUGUAAUGAGUGAAUUUCAGUAUAAAAGUAUUGUGUAUUAGAAUUGAUGAAUAAAUUUUCAGUUCAGCGAAAAUAUGCGAAUGUUUGUUAGAUGGGAAGUUACGUCAGUGUAGUGUGUGACUGACUUCGUUCACAAAUGGUCCGACGUUUGGUAAAGUAGACAAUUGGGCGUGACUAAAUUAGUUCUUCUAAUUAAUGCAGCACGUAGUUAGAAUAUUUAGCGUAGGGAUGAAUUACCUUUGACUGUGGAAGAAACUGUCAUAAUGGACCUAGUGGUGUAUAUGUGUCUUCUUUUAGUGAAUUUUCAGGUUUCAGAUGGAACACAUCGUCAAGGAAAACCUGACUGGUUUGGACACGCCCAACGGGAGCUCCAUGAAGCACUUAUUCGCAAUUACAACACCAACAAAGCUAAAAAUGUCAUCCUUUUUGUCGGAGACGGUAUGGGUAUGUCCACAGUUACAGCGGCGCGGAUCCUGAGGGGGCAGUUAAAUGGAAGUCCCGGCGAGGAAAAUCUUCUGGAGUUUGAAAAAUUUCCUCAUAUUGGUCUAGCAAAGGUAUAUUCCAGCGACAGACAGACGCCAGAUUCAGCAGCCACUGCGACUGCGCUACUCUGUGGGGUCAAGACAAACUCUCAGCUGAUUGGACUAGACGAUUCGGCAGUUGUCGGAAACUGUACAAGUCAAUUUGGCGCCGAAAUCAACUGCAUGAAUGAUUGGUUUGAAGAACAAGGUAGAUCCAUGGGUAUUGUCACCAAUACUAAGUUGACACACGCUACUCCAGCAGCUGGAUAUGCGCACGCAGCCAGUCGUGUUUGGGAAGGCGAUGUUCAUAUGCAAGGAGUUCCGGGUGGCUGCAAGGAUAUUGCUCAUCAACUUGUCUACAACAACUCAAACAUACAAGUCUUGUUCGGCGGAGGUAGGCAAUAUUUCAUUAGAAACAGACAACAGGACCCCCAGUAUGGGGACGCAUUCAUUUCAUUUCAAAGACAAGACGACCUGGAUCUCAUUGAGAUCUGGGGAAGAGACAAGAAGUGGAGAAGAUACACCCCUAAAUACGCCUGGAACAAACAACAGUUUGACGCUAUAGACCCGGAUCAAACAGACUUUGCGCUAGGUUUAUUUAAUCCACAACAUAUGCAGUAUGAACUGGAGAGAGACAAAGGGCCUAAUGGUGAACCCUCAUUGGCGGAAAUGACGGACAAAGCCAUCAAAAUACUGCGUCAUAACGACAGAGGUUUCUUUCUUUUGGUGGAAGGAGGGCGGAUAGACCAUGGGCACCACAAUAAUACAGCAAAAAGAGCUCUCUAUGAAACCUUGGCAUUCGAAGAUGCGGUAAAAACAGCAUUACAACUGACAAAUUCUAGUGAAACCCUCAUAGUUGUAACCGCUGAUCAUUCUCAUGUGUUUAAUAUUGGAGGCCAUUCAUACCGUGGAAAUGAUAUACUAGGUGUUGUAAACCCUAUCGCUCCUGAAGAGCUACCGGUGGAUGGCAAUGCCUGGACAACAUUAAGUUACGGAAACGGGCCCGGAUAUGAUUGGGGCUUCCGGAAAGAUCCUAAUUCGCUUGAUACAAAACACAAUGAUUACAGACAAGUGAGUGCUGUCCCCUUGUUGUACGAGACACACAGUGGUGAAGACGUCCCAGUAUAUGCCAAUGGACCAAUGGCUCAUCUGUUCGACGGCGUCCAUGAACAACAUUUUCUCGCCCAUGCCAUGGCAUAUGCAGCCUGUGUUGGCAUUAAUAAACAACACUGCAUACAGCAUGCUCAAACCAAACCAGUUUUUACCCCAAUGACAUAAUGUCUUCCAAAAAAAUGUCUUAUUAAAUCCUGGUGAUGUUUCUGUCCAUUAAUUGCUGUGUCAAAUAUUUAAUCCAAUCAAUCCGAUAAUCAUAAUUUAUUAUUGAAACAUCUGCUCUUUUCUGUUUGUUUAAAACAAUCCAUACAUGAGUUAAGAAAUAUACUGAUCGAGUAGUUUUCUUCAUUCAAACAAAUAAAUCCAUGAGAUUAAAGAUAAUCUAAAUGAGGGUCCUUUUAUAAAGGGAGAUAAUAAAAGUUUGUUCAUGGACUAAAAAAGUUGCUGCUUUUUCAAAUCAUUAUUUUGAUGGUUACCAUCUAAAUAGGAUAUUCUCUAGAAAGAGAAGAGAUAAAUUGCCAAAAUGACUUUUUUUUUGUCUACCUUGAAAAACAAAAGUACAUCUGCCUCUUUGGUCCAAGAUACUUUGGCAAAAAGCAGAUAAGGAAAGGACUUAUGUGCUAACCACUGAAACUUAAUGUUUUUAACCUUUUUUUUCAUUUAGAAAAAAAAUUCUCCAUACUAUAGGCCCUAGUCUUAUUAUAUUAAAAUAUGGGGAAUUGAGAAAAAGGUUUAAAACCUCAAGUGCCUAGGGUGAUAACCAUUUCAAAGUUGCUACAAAAAUAAAUUAUUAAGUCCAAAUUUGUAUUAAAUUUUAAUGUAAUAUAUUGAAUUUAUCAGAAAUAUUGUAUACAAGAAAAUACAACUACAUAAUUAUAUAAUUAAUGUAAAGUGUAAAAAUGU